AUGCGGCUUUUGACGCAUAAUAUGUUAACAUCGCACGUCAAGGGUGUGAAGAAUGGCUAUCCUUUGGGUAUAGAGGUAACACCGUUGUAUAUUUCUUUACAUGGUUCUUUUGAAAACUGGGCAAUAACCAAAAGUCAUAGUCUUCGAUCAGAUUCGAUUUUCACGUGGUCUAGAGGUUUUCAUCUUUGGGAUCUUCUGAUGCGAAAAAUUUUCUCAGUUGCUCCCCAUAUCUGUCUCAAAAGUUAUGUAUAUAUAUUGUAGAAGGACAAUGGGGUAUUGAACAAUUAAAUAUCACAAUGAAUAUUUUCCAAAUACCAAACUACUGCAUUGAAAAUGCAGUGGUCAAAUCAAAUCAAAUCAAAUAUAAAUAUAAUAUAGUGAAUAUAAAAGUGUAUACAACUAGUGCUCCCGCAGUCCCGUACUCCUGCAGUCAAUGUCAAGUAACUAGUGUGCUUAUAGAACAAAGUAUGCUAGUGCUCCUGCUGUCCCAUGCUCUCGCAAUUGAUGUCAGAAUUUAUUAUGCAAAUUGGACAACUGCAGGACUGCAGGAGCAGUUUUUUAAGUUAUACAUUUAGUGGGCCAGGUAUUCUGCAAUUUAGCCAAAUGGGAGCAAUCUUAAAUAAAUACUUAGCUAAAGUCGUCUACCUAAUCUCCUUUGCAGCUGUUACUUUUAAGGGUAGUCACACAACACUCCUCCCCAGGGAAGGAGCUUUGUGUGACACAUUGUGGUGCUGGAAAACAGUUUCAAAUUUGUAUGCCUGUUUUAUAAAAACUGGCUAAUAAAGACCCAAAUCACAAAGAAAUUGGGACUGUAGGACUCUCUUGUAGUACUUUAUUCCACCGCUAUUAAUUGACCCAAUAAUUAGCAAAAUGUGUACAUCAGUCCAUCAUUUCUCAGAUAAUGGUCGACUGCCCAGCAACUGCCCGCAGCAUCAUACUUACAAUUAUUGUAACCUCUAGUUUUAUAUUAAUGUUAUAUUUUUAUUAGGUUGUUAAUGUUGUUGUAAAUGAAGUGGACUUCAACCCAGAGUUUAUUUCCCGUAUGAUUGCUAAAGUAGAAUGGAGUGCUCUUCUGAAAGCAGCUGAGCAGGUGAGAGGAAGAUUUAACCCCUGUAUGUUCUUAGAGCAGCCAGCAUCUGAUUUUUCUGUAAGUAACAUUGCUAAUCAAACAUCAAACUCUUGAGAAUAAAGAAAAACUGUAAUCACCAAGUAAAAAGAUUUGGAUCAAAUUCUCCUUGUCAGUACCACAGAAGUAUUUGGAGAACGAUGUGGAGAAAAUGCCUGCUGAUAUUAAGGCUGGUUUUUAUUAGAAUCAGAGUCAUGAUGUUUUUGGAAUCGUAAGAGUGAUUAUGAUUUAGUGAAAAUAAAAAUCUAAGUUGUAAGGAAUGACAAAAGGCUCAUAAUUUACAUCAUUUUCAUUUUCUUCUGUCUCUGCUUAUGACUCUUUUUGCGAUCUGUUUUUGCUUAACCAUUUAAACCCUAAGAUCAAAAUUAGAAUUCUCAUUUGUCGCCGCUAUUCAUUUCCUACAGAAUUAGUGGGGAGAAGGUGGUAAAAUAUCAAGCAAAUUCAUCUUGUGACAUCAUAAUUCUCAUGACCACUCUAUUUUACAAAGCAUUGAUAUUACAAGGAGAAAUUUGAUGCUGACCACUCUUAGGGUGACAAGAGUUUGAGACUGCAACACUGUCAACUUCAUUAUUUUUCUUAUGAUCAGGUAGGAAGGUCUGAAGGUCUGCCCAGUGAAGUCAUCCCAGACUAUGAAAAGGAUGAAGAGUUCUUAAAGAAAGUCCACCAUGUUUUACUCGAGGUUAGUUUUCAGAAAAUUAUUAAAACCUUUAUUUAAGCCACCUCUCCUUAUAUUUGGCAUGUGUUCCAUGUUAACCAACCAUCUACACUUACAUGUAUGCUGAUAAUAAAGAAAGCACAGCUUUCUCUCUGCUAGUUUGGCCUACCACCCAGUUUAAUCCAGACGUUUUUCGACAACAUUUUUCCAAAUGUGUGGAACAUUGCUUAUUGGUUGAUCCCAACUGUGUAUGAAAAUUUCAAAACAAUAGCUAUAUGUACAGUGUGCAUGUAGGUGUGUAGUUUAGAGGUUGGAUUGAAGUGGAUGGAAAACAUUUUGUCCAUUUUUUUUUUCAGAUUUAUCUAGAUUAGUGUGUACUGGACCUCAAUUUGUACCUUUUUUUUUUUUGGUAGCCAUUUUUUUUUCUCAGCAAAUUAGCAUCACAGUGCUAGAGGCUUUUUCCCGCCCCUCUGCCAGACCAGCCCUGAGAGCUUGCUUGCAGGCCAUACUGGAGAUACGUUAUAUACAACACAAUCAGUAGUCGCUAAUAAUUGUUUAAGGAAAUGUAUGGGGAAUCGGGAUGAUUCUGGAGAAUUUGUUUGGGGCUAAAUUGAAGGGUUAAAACAUUUUUACAGGUUGAAGUUGAUGAAGGGUCACUGGUCUGCCCUGAGUCCGGAAGAAAAUUUCCAAUCAAGAAUGGAAUUCCCAACAUGCUGUUGAAUGAAGAUGAAGUUUAA